AGUUGCACCCGGUGAGCCUGAGAGAGCCGUGGGCGCUGAGGCGCUGUAGGUGGCUCCCCCGACCUCUAAAGAGAGAAAGAAAUUGGAAUCUGAGACUUGAGGCCCCAGAGAAACUGUAGACUGCCAGAAGGGGGCGAUGGCUGUGGCCCUGGGUUGUGCGAUCCAGGCCUCCUUGAAUCAGGGCUCGGUGUUUCAGGAAUAUGAUACUGACUGUGAAGUCUUCCGUCAGCGCUUCAGGCAGUUCCAGUACAAAGAAGCAGCGGGGCCUCAUGAAGCUUUCAACAAACUCUGGGAGCUGUGCUGUCAAUGGCUGAAGCCUAAGAUGCGUUCCAAGGAACAAAUCCUGGAGCUGCUAGUGCUGGAGCAAUUUCUAACCAUUCUGCCCAUGGAAAUAGAGACCUGGGUGAGGGAACAUUGCCCAGAGAAUAGAGAAAGAGUUGUGUCACUGAUAGAGGACUUACAGAGGGAACUUGAGAUACCAGAGCAGCAGAUCGAUAGCCAGGAAAUGUUCUUGGAAGAACUGGCACCAGUGGGAAUGGAGCACAUACCACCAACCAUGCACCUGGACUCAGCCCCGCUCCAGGUGAUGGCCGCUGCCCCGGAGGUUGCAAUGGCAGAGGCAUGGAUGCCACAGGCAGGGCCUCAGGAGCUGACCUACACAGCUGCUGGGGAAUGCCAGCCCUUUCCAGACCCGGGAUAUCUAAUACCAAAGCUUGAUAUGAGCUUCCCAUUGGAGAAUAGAGAAGAAGAAUGGGUGAAGGAACUACAGGAAUCCAAAGAGAUUAAACAAUUACUUGAUUCCAAAAUAGGUUUUGAGAUUGGAAUAGAAAAUGAAGAAGAUUCUUCAAAACAGAAAAAACUGGAGAAUUUGUAUCCAUUUAUUGUUACUUUAGAGGGGAAUGCUCUCCAUGGUCCUAUUUUGCAAAAAGACUAUGGACAGUUAGAAAAUCAAUGGGAACCCCCCCCAGAGGAUUUACCCACAGAUAUAACAAAACUUGUAGAUUAUCAGAGCCCCUCUGUAGGAGAGAAACCCGAGAGCUCCAACUUAGAAGAACCUCUCCAGCCUAGACCUCAUAAGAAAAAAGUUCCAGGAGAUAAACCUCACCGGUGUUCUCAAUGUGGAAAAUGCUUUGCUCGGAAGUCACAACUUACUGGACACCAGAGAAUCCAUUCAGGAGAAGAACCUCACAAAUGCCCUGAAUGCGGGAAAAGAUUCCUUCGUAGUUCAGACCUGUAUAGACACCAGCGACUUCACACGGGGGAAAGGCCCUAUGAAUGCACUGUGUGUAAAAAGCGAUUUACUCGGAGGUCACACCUUAUGGGGCACCAGAGAACCCAUUCUGAAGAAGAGACAUAUAAAUGUCUUGAGUGUGGGAAAAGCUUUUGUCAUGGAUCAAGUCUUAAAAGACAUCUAAAAACUCAUUCAGGUGAAAAACCUCACCGAUGUCAUAACUGUGGGAAAAGUUUUAGUAGACUAACAGCUCUUACUUUGCACCAGAGAACCCACACUGAAGAGAGACCUUUUAAAUGUAAUUACUGUGGGAAAAGCUUUAGACAGAGACCAAGUCUUGUUAUUCACUUAAGAAUUCAUACCGGGGAAAAGCCAUACAAGUGUAGUCAUUGUUCUAAGAGCUUCAGACAGCGAGCUGGCCUUAUCAUGCACCAAGUCACUCACUUUAGAGGACUUCUUUAAGAAUUGUUAAGAUAAAUAAGUCCUACAGAAAUUGACACUAACUCAAAAACAUCUUUAUUACAAUAGCCUCUUUGUCUUGGAAGAACCUUUUUGUUUUGGCUUGUAAGAACAGCUUUCCCCCUAUUUUUAAAAUCUAACUUCCAAGACAUAUGAAUUCAAGAAUAUUUACCACCUACUCUUAUAACUUUCCUAGCUAGAUUUGACUUAUUCUGACUCUACAACUCUUAUUUUUUUAUUACAAUGAAUUUUUUGUGUUCUAAGCCAACUGUAUCAUAAAUGUAAGUAUAAAUCAUAUAAAUGAUGACAGCCCUUUCCAGAGUAGGGUCAAUAUACUAGGUGAUCAUGUAUAUCUGACAUGUCUGUUAUAGCAGCACCAUAAUUAUUCUGCUGUCAUUAUGCAAGGUAAAUUAUAUUACUUCAAAAAUUUAUCAUGUCCCAAGUAGAAAGAAAGGAGACAAACAAAAAAUAAAAAAGUGUAAGGGACACAAGGAUGAAAGUGAUGUUAUUUUCCAGGUAAGAACUGGGUUAUUUCCACGGACCUUUUUUUUUUUUUUUUUUUUUGUGGUUUAAGGAAGUUGGGAUUUUAGCCUUUACUUUUGAAUUAUGCAAAGUUCUAUAGUCUCUUAGUUGGCAGUCUGUGAUGAUGCUACUUAGAGCUGAACCUUAAUUUGAUGAUUUAUUUAGUCCACAAUAAGGAAGACUCAUGAGGUAGAACCCACUUGACAGUUGAAAUCCUACAAGUAGAAUUUCAGUUAAUUUAAGCUGGCUAAGGAACUGGUGUCCACUGAUUUUUUACUCUCCUUUGGUAUUUAACUACUUAUUUCUCAGUGCUUUAUAAAUUUUAUCCAUUCUUUAAUUCAGUGUCUCUGUCAGUGUACACCACAGAACAAUUUGUUCCAUGAGGUUUUCUACACAUAACUUUGGGGAUCUCUUCCUUCUGUUUCCCCUCUGUACAUUCACAAUGUAGACCAGCCAUUGAGACUCUGGAAGGUCUCCAGUAAAGGGGAGAAAGCACCUUUUUGGCUCAUUGUUUUACAAACCUAUUUGACCCCAGAACCCUUUUUCAUUCACACCCAAUAAUAACUCACAAAACUAAUGUUUUGCAAAUAUUCCUUGAAAAACACUGCCUUAAACAAAUAUUUCUAUAGCUAUCAAUAUAGUCUUGAUGUUACUCUAGUUGUUUCAAGGGUGUUAUGAAAAGUUCUUUAAACAUAUAUACUUUUAUGUAAUACACACAUCAUUUUAAGAGGUAAGGGUCACGAAUUCAGGUAAUUUACAAGUUGCCCAGUGAUUCUCAACCUCUUUGAAUUUUACUAAUAAUUUCUCUCUCCUUUUCUCCCCCCCAUCUCUUUCAUUCAUAUACAUAUUGCUAUUUGUAUAAAUAUUCUCAUAUAACCAUGAUAGUGACUCAGAUUUCUGUAGCAAAGGAAGAAUUCUCUGUCAGUUAAAGCUGUUAAUACAUGAAAAUAUUCAUUCAGCCUAGUUCCUUGUUAUGAAAUGCAAGCUAUAGGACAUUCAAUUAUUUUCUUUUAUGAAGAUACCAGUCAUCCUUUCCUUAAAUCAGAAGUAGGGGAAGUAUAUAUUUUUUCUAUUCCACUGAAGUUCUUGGAAGAUAUUUAAUAUAAGUAUUUUUGAGGUAUCUACUAUGUGCCUAACAAGUCCUGUUCUAGGCUUAAUGGAAGUUAGUGAAGAAGAAGUUAAUUCAUUGGUCAGGUUCAUAAAGAGUUUAUAAUAUCUUUAGUUAAACAAGAGUUGGGAAACAAAUGGAGAACAAUGCAAGAGAGUUUGUAAUUAAAUGCCAAAUUGUGUCACAUGCUAAAGCCAGGAUGUGUCUUUAAUUCUUGUCAUCCAGGUCCCUGUAUGAUGCUGCUAUAAGUGUAGGGUUAAAAUUGAGAUCCCAGUAGCAAUAAACAUGUAACAUGGGAGGAGUCUGAAUGUAGAGAUGAAAAAUACCGAAUGUAAUGGCUUCUCUUUUCUCUCUUGUGGAAUUGCAUUCAAACCAGAACAGUGCCUUAAAAUGGAUGUGCCCAACUGUCUGUAUCUAUGCAAUAUUUUAAUAAAAUGUAAAUGUGUAUGUU